CCUCCGCGCCCGCGGGGCCCCGGCCGUGGAGCAAGAUGGCGGCGGACAGCGAACCCGAGUCGGAGGUGUUUGAGAUCACGGACUUCACCACCGCCUCCGAGUGGGAGAGAUUUAUUUCAAAAGUAGAAGAAGUUUUGAAUGACUGGAAACUUAUUGGGGUUUCUUCAGGCAAACCUCUAGAAAAGGGUAUAUUCACUACAGGGACGUGGGAAGAGAAAUCAGAUGAAAUUUCAUUUGCGGACUUCAAAUUCUCAGUUACCCACCAUUACCUUGUGCAAGAGCCCAGUGACAAAGAUGGGAAAGAAGAGCUGGCAGAAGAUGCCCUUCCCUUGCCAAUGCAGGACUUGCUGUGCAUGAACAAUGACUUUCCCCCUCGAGCCCACUGCCUGGUGAGAUGGUAUGGCUUGCGGGAGUUUGUGGUGAUUGCUCCUGCUGCAAAUAACGAGGCCGUUUUGAGUGAAUCCAAGUGUAACCUUCUGCUGAGUUCUGUUUCCAUUGCUCUGGGGAACACUGGCUGUCAGGUGCCAGUGUUUGUGCAGAUCCACCAGAAGUGGCGCCGGAUGUACGUCGGGGAAUGUCAGGGCCCAGGAGUCCGGACAGACUUCGAAAUGGUCCAUCUGCGCAAGGUGCCCAGCCAGUACACUCACCUAUCGGGGCUGCUGGAGAUCUUCAAAACCAAGAUUGGGUGCCCUCUGACACCACUGCCUCCUGUCAGCAUGGCCAUCCGCCUGACCUACGUGCUCCAGGACUGCCAGCAGCACUUCUGGCCUCAGCAGCCACCAGAUAUAGAUGCUCUAGUUGGGGGAGAAGUUGGAGGCCUUGAAUUUGGCAAGUUACCAUUUGGUGCCUGUGAGGAUCCUAUUAGUGAGCUCCACUUGGCUACCACGUGGCCGCACCUGGCAGAAGGCAUCGUUGUGGACAAUGAUGUGUACUCUGACCUGGAUCCUAUGCAAGCCCCUCAGUGGUCUGUGAGAGUCAGAAAAGCAGAUAACCCUCAGUGUCUACUGGGUGACUUCCUUACGGAAUUCUUUAAGCUUUGCCGCCGGAAGGAGUCAACCGAUGAAAUCCUUGGGAGGUCUGCAUUUGAAGAGGAAGGAAAAGAAGUGGCUGACAUCAGCCAUGCCUUGUCCAAGCUCACAGAGCCAGCACCAGUCCCAAUCCAUAAAUUAUCCGUCACAAAUAUGGUUCACAGUGCAAAGAAAAAAAUCCGCAAGCACAGAGGUGCCGACGAGUCUCCUCUAAACAACGAGGUGCUGAACACCAUCCUUCUGUUCUUGUUUCCUGAUGCUGCUGACAAACUCGCAGAUGGAUGUGAAAGCAGAGCCAGCACUUCAGCAGGAAACAAUCCUCCUCCAGAGAAUGAAGAUUAUAAUCUCUUCAGCCAGUUUAAGUCUGCUCCCUCUGACAGUCUGACCUACAAAUUAGCUUUGUGUCUUUGUAUGAUAAACUUCUACCAUGGAGGAGUAAAAGGGGUGGCCCAUCUUUGGCAAGAGUUUGUGCUGGAAAUGCGCUACAGAUGGGAGAACAACUACCUCAUUCCAGGAUUAGCUAAUGGCUCUCCAGAUCUGAGAUGUUGUUUACUGCAUCAGAAACUCCAGAUGUUAAAUUGUUGCAUUGAAAGGAAGAAAGCAAGAGAUGAGGGGAAAAGGGGCAGCGUGUCUGAUCGUUCACCUGGUGCUUCUGGUGACUAUGCAAAGGGAGCAGAACACACUGGGGACAACCCUGAUAAGGAAAAGGAAUUUGGCAAGUCUUGGGAAUCGUGGAGCGACAGUGAAGAUGAAUUUUUCGAAUGUCUGAGCGACACAGAAGACCUUAAAGGAAAUGGGCAGGAAAAUGGAAAGAAGGGAGGAGCAAAAGAAGGCAACAAAGAGCCUGCGAACAUCAAACCAGAAGGCCGUCUGCAUCCACACGGGAAGCUGAUGCUGCUGCACCCUGGGGAGCCUCUCUACGUUCCAAUAACACAGGAACCGGCCCCCAUGACUGAGGAUCUGCUGGAGGAGCAGUCUGAGGUGCUGGCAAAGCUGGGAACCUCGGCCGAAGGCGCUCACCUGCGGGCUCGGAUGCAGAGUGCCUGCCUGCUCUCAGACAUGGAGUCUUUUAAGGCAGCGAACCCCGGCUGUUGCCUGGAGGACUUUGUGAGGUGGUACUCGCCUCGGGACUACAUCGAGGAGGAGGUGCUGGACGAGAAGGGCAACAAAGUCAUCAGGGGCGAGCUGAGCGCCCGCAUGAAGAUUCCCAGCAACAUGUGGGUGGAGGCCUGGGAGACCGCCAAGCCCAUUCCGGCACGCAGGCAGAAGAGGCUCUUCGAUGACACCAGGGAGGCAGAGAAGGUGCUUCAUUACCUUGCAGUUCAGAAACCAGCUGACCUUGCGAGGCACCUCCUGCCUUGCAUCAUCCAUGCAGCUGUACUCAAGGUAAAGGACGAAGAAGCAGUAGAAGAUAUCUCUUCAGUCAAGAAGAUAAUCAAGCAGAUAAUCUCUCAUUCCAGCAAAGUGCUCCGGUUCCCCAAUCCAGAGGACAAGAAGUUGGAAGAGAUCAUCGCUCAGAUCAUGAGUGUGGAAGCAAUCAUUGCCAGGGCAAGAUCUCUGAAAGCAAAGUUUGGGGUAGAGAAAUGUGAAAAUGAGGAGGAGAAAGAAGAUCUACAGAGGUUUGUAAACUGUCUCCUGGAGCAGCCAGAGGUGUCAGUUGUGGGUGCAGGAAGAGGACCUGCUGGCAGCAUCAUUCACAAGCUGUUUGUGAAUGCUCAGAGGCUGACUGAAUCUUCUGAUGAGGUAACCAACUUUGUCCCUCCUUUCCCACUCAUCUUCCCAAGCUGCGUAGAGUUGAACCUUCUGGUAGAGAUAGUAGAGAAGCUAGAAUUAGUUCGUACUGUUGUUCAUGUAUUAAGCAUAAAAAUAACUUUGUGUUUCCAGAAUGGUUUUUCUGCAUUCACAGACUUUAUUUUUAGAGCACAAUAACAGGUAGUGAAAAGAGAGUGAAAUCUCUCAAUAAAAAACCAAAAGCAACAACAACAAAAACAAACGAACCCAUUCCCAAACCAAACAAAAAUGCAAACAAAAACAUUUCUUCAAGUGAAUAUCGAUGUUUUCUGAUGCUGAAAUAUGUGGUCAUGCUUUAUAUUCUCUUUUGCCAUCCCUAUUUGUUUGUUGAGCAGAUGUUUUGGGGGGAUGGACGGUCCCUGGGUUUUGCAUUCUUGAUACCAGGACUUACUGAAACUAUGGAACUCUUUGUACAGUGAUAUUUGGGGAAGAACUGGGGUAAUUCCACAAAGUGCAGCACAGGGAGCAUCCUCUCUGUUGGUUUGCUAGAGCUGUUCUUGUGGGAACAAGUGGUGCUUGUCCACGGUGAAUUCUGUGGCACAAACUGCAGAGCCAGGUAGUGCCAGGCCCCCCACUCCUGAGUGUGGGAGAGGGUUUGGAGCAGAGGGGAGGCUCUGAGGGACCGUGAGGGUCAUGCAGGGGGUUCUGCCAAACCUCAGUGACAGUGCCAGGCUGGAGCUGUACAUGCUGAAAUUGGGCAGGACCCUGUUGGGGUACUGUUGGGGGGGGGUGUAUCCAGAGGUGGGUGUGAUUAGGGAAUGUUUACUGGGCAGGCCAGCCCUUGUUGCAGUGUGCAGGGGCAGUGUUGCUGUUGAGUGUGAGGCAAUGAGCACCGGGGGAGGUGGUUCAGAUGCUCCCUUGCUCUGCACUGCACUCCC